UGACAUAGGCGGGGCCGGUGACGGGCGUAUUGUGGCGGAGGGGCUCAGCUUGUCAGGGUUACGAGGUUGAAAGGACAAAGAAUUGGAAGAACUGAGCUAAGAACCAAGGCACAACGGUUGGGAAAAAUAAAUUUGUGGGAAGAUUAUUUUUGUUUUUAAAAAGAUGUGCUGACCAGAAGAAUAUCUCACUAGUGGCCCUUGGUAAAUCUAGUGCCUUAUAAAAGAUGGGGUUUGGAAGUGACCUGAAGUAUUCUCAUGAAGCUUUGCUAAAACUGCAAGAUUGGGAGUUACGGCUAUUGGAAACGGUGAAGAAAUUUAUGACCAUGAGAAUAAAAAGCGAUAAAGACUAUGCAUCCACUUUGCAGAAUCUUUGCAAUCAAGUUGAUAAGGAAAGUACUUCACAACUGGAUUAUGUUAGUAACGUAUCUAAGUCGUGGCUGCUCAUUGUGCAGCAAACAGAACAGCUUAGCAGGAUCAUGAAGACACAUGCAGAAGACCUGAAUGCUGGGCCAUUGCAUAGGCUUACCAUGAUGAUCAAAGACAAGCAACAAAUAAAGAAGAGUUACAUUGGUGUUCAUCAGCAAAUUGAGGCAGAGAUGUUCAAGGUCACAAAAACAGAAUUGGAAAAAUUAAAAUCAAGUUAUAGACAAUUAAUUAAGGAAGUAAAUUCCGCCAAAGAGAAGUUCAAGGAAGCUCUGUCUAAAGGAAAGGAGACUGAAAAAGCCAAAGACCGUUAUGAUAAAGCCACUAUGAAACUCCACAUGUUGCACAAUCAAUAUGUGUUGGCACUGAAAGGAGCACAGCUACAUCAGCACCAGUAUUAUGAUGCUACCCUUCCUCUGUUCCUUGACUCCUUACAGAAGAUGCAAGAAGAAAUGAUUAAAGCACUAAAAGGAAUCCUUGAAGAGUAUAGUCAGAUCACCAGUCUUGUGACAGAAGAAAUAGUGAAUGUCCAUAAAGAGAUCCAGACAUCUGUUGAGCAGUUAGACCCUGGUUCAGAGUACAGUAGUUUCAUAGAUGCUCACAGGACACCAGAUGUUGAACAGCAAGAAAUAGAGUUUGAUACUUCUUUAUUGGAAGAAAAUGAAAAUCUUCAAGCUAAUGAGAUUAUGUGGAAUAAUUUGACAGCUGAAAGUUUGCAAGCUAUGUUGAAAACAGUAGUUGAAGAGUUGGUUCAGACACAACAGACACUUCUAAACAAGGAGGAGCUAGUAUUAGAGUUAGAAAAGAAGAUAGAAGAAUCUUCGAAGAUUUGUGAAAGGAAAUCUGAUGUUGUGCUUCUGCUGAGCCAGAAACAGGCAUUGGAAGAACUGAAGCAAACAGUUCAGCAAUUGAGAUGCACUGAAGUCAAGUUUGCAGCCCAGAAAGAACUUCUACAGCAAAAAGUGCAAGAAAAUGAUGGGAAAGAGCCCCCACCUGUUGUAAACUAUGAGGAGGAUGCCAGAUCAGUUUCUUCUAUGGAUAAGAAAGAUAAAGUUUCCAGGUUUGAUACCAUUCGGCACUCCAUUGCUGGAAUGAUAAGAUCUCCAAAGUCUAUGCUAGGCUCUUCAUCGUUCUUUGACGUAAUAUCAACCAGCGAAAAACCCCUAGCAGAGCAAGAUUGGUAUCAUGGUGCAAUCCCAAGAGUAGAAGCUCAAGAGCUAUUAAAACAGCAAGGAGACUUCUUGGUGCGAGAGAGUCAUGGGAAGCCUGGUGAAUAUGUCCUUUCUGUGUUUUCAGAUGGACAGCGGAGACACUUCAUCAUACAGUAUGCUGAUAAUCAAUACCGAUUUGAAGGAACUGGGUUUGCCACUAUUCCUCAGCUCAUUGAACAUCAUUACACAACAAAACAUGUGAUUACAAAGAAAUCAGGUGUCGUUCUGCUGAAUCCUGUCGUUAAGGAUAAGAAAUGGCUUCUCAAUCAUGAAGAUGUCACACUGGGAGAAUUGCUAGGCAAAGGUAAUUUUGGUGAAGUGUAUAAGGGAACAUUAAAAGAUAAAACCCCUGUUGCUGUAAAAACGUGCAAAGAAGACCUUCCUCAGGAGCUGAAAAUAAAAUUUUUAUCAGAAGCCAGAAUACUCAAACAAUAUGAUCAUCCGAAUAUUGUAAAGCUUAUAGGAGUAUGCACUCAAAGGCAGCCUAUUUAUAUUGUUAUGGAACUUGUCCCAGGAGGUGAUUUCCUCUCCUUUUUAAGAAAGAAGAAGGAUGAGCUAAAAACCAAACAGUUAGUGAAAUUUUCAUUAGACGUUGCUGCUGGGAUGGCAUAUCUCGAAUCCAAAAACUGUAUCCACAGGGACCUUGCUGCAAGGAACUGCCUAGUAGGUGAAAAUAAUGUUCUGAAAAUUAGCGACUUUGGAAUGUCUCGUCAAGAAGAUGAUGGAGUAUAUUCAUCUUCUGGAUUAAAGCAAAUUCCCAUCAAAUGGACUGCUCCAGAGGCUUUGAACUAUGGACGAUACACUUCUGAAAGUGAUGUAUGGAGUUACGGAAUCUUCCUCUGGGAGACCUUCAGUUUAGGUGUAUGUCCAUACCCAGGAAUGACUAAUCAGCAAGCACGGGAACAAGUGGAAAAAGGCUAUCGAAUGUCAGCACCUCAGAAGUGCCCAGAGGAAAUCUAUAAAAUAAUGCAACGGUGUUGGGAUUAUAAUCCUGAAAUGAGACCAAAAUUCAGUGAGAUUCACAAAGAGCUCUCUGCAUUGAAAAAGAAAGUGACAUCAUGAGGAACUAGCAGGACUCAAACUACAGGACUCUUCUCUUUUUCCAGAAAGUAAUAUUUUCUGUCAUGAACACUAUGCGUUUAUACCACAUUUCUUUCAAUAUUCUUCUAGGAUUCCCUUUUUUUAAAGAAAAAAACCCUGUUUGUAUUCAAGUGUGCCCAGCCUGGAAAAUGUCAAAAAUGUUAAAGAGAAAGAGAGUGUUCUGCCAAAUGCUUUAUAUCCAAUCACAGUGAUGCUGUCAUUUAGGUUAUGUGUAAAUAGAUAACACAUAAUAUAUGUGUAGAUUUAAGGAACUGUGGCUCCUUUCUAUUUCUGUGAUUAACCCCUAACACUGUUUUUUGGCCUGUUUCUCUGCUUUUGGUUCCAGGUUCUCACAGCAGUCGCACUGCAAGCCAAGUGGUUUAUGCACCAUUCCUACAAAUCUUAAAAUCGAAGGCAGAGUUUUCAGUAUUACCUCAAUUUAAAAGAUUAUACAAGAGAGUGCUCUGAAAAACAGAACAAAAAGCAGAACCAUCAGCUAAUGCAUUCUUGGGAUCUUGUAUUCUUAUUCUAAAACAACAUCAUAUAAAGGUUUGAUUGUAGAAUGAGGAAUGCAUGCGUAAGUUUCAUGGAGACAUUUCAAGAUGGUAACAUUUUCAGUACUGGACAUUAUUUCCAUUUUUAAGAAACCAAGAAAUAGAGUCACAGUUCUCUAGGAAUUGGCACCCGUAAAUAUAUGUGUGGGCCAGCUUUUAUUGAAGGGGUGGGGAUUGGGGUGGGAAUAAAUCCAAAGCUAAGUCUUAUGGUGAUACAUCUGUCAGGAAAUACUGCAGAUGAUCUGUCUUUCAGCAGGAUGAGCUAUAGCAGUACACAGUUGUUUUUGAAUGUGCACAUUCAGAAGUGCUGUCAGCAAGAAACAUGGUUGAGAAUGAGAGUGGCAUAUAAUGAAGGUAACCAGAAGCAUUGAUUUUUGGAUGGGGAAGGGAAAGUGAAUUACCUGAUUGGCCUUUGGAAGCUCAGUGAAUUGAUGUUCCUGUUCUGUACGCAGCUAGAGCAAGGAAAAAGUGUAAAAUAUAUUCUAUACACACUGUCCAAAGAGAGAAGGUAUUUUUCAGUAACACACACACACACACACACACACACACACACACACAUCUUAAUAGA